CAGAAGCCUUUGAGCAGCAAAAGAUAUAAACCCCGCCAUCUACAGCCCCGAGUUUUGCGCUCUUUGCAUCAACCAACUCCAACAACACUACCCAAUUCCCAUCUCAAGUAUCAAAACUCUCGCACAUACUACAAAACAUCACCUGCCAUGUCUGGAAUGAUGCCAAUGGAGAACGAGCGCGGCCAGGGCAUGUCCCAUGCCACAGGCGAUUCCAAGGUUCCCACAGCCGUGCAGCGAAAGGCACCCCAGAAUCUUGAGGAGAAGCUUCCCGAGGCUAUCCAUCCUACUGGUUCCGAGCCUAGGCAGUCCACCAACAAGUCGCACGCCAAGGGAGGAGGUGAGGCUUCCAUUGUUCCUCAGAAGCUGCAGGAGAAGCUGCCUGAGAGUGUGGAGAGGGCUGUGCCCAAUGCCAUCCAUGACACUGGCGAUACGGGUGGCCUGCACAGGAAGCAGUAG